CUGUUGUUGCCUGUUGGCCAUUCACGAGGAAAAAGACAGACAUCUCUCUCACCAUCAUCAAUGAUCGAGAGCUGCGCCUUCAUAAACAAAGCUAUUUCCUAUCUUCUGAGUGCUUCUAACUAAAGGAGUUUCUUGAAAGUCAACUGUUGAUUGGUUAGUCGUCAGCUUAUCGGCCAUGAGCUCCAUGAACAACAUGAGUAGCAGCCAUGCCAAUGAAAAGCAUUUCUUUCGCACUUUUGGAAGAAGAGACUCCAGCGAAACACUCAAGGAACGAGCCCGUGCUGGAAAGCUCAAGACGCCUAGUAGUUCUUCUGGCAAGCCUCCUGUACAAGCGCUGUCAUCCGAACCUCUCUCUUCUUCUCGGACACCUUCCAAAAUUCCAAGAGCGAGAGGCAAUCGAGACUCUUUGGGAAGUAGAACUUCGUCGAAUGCUGCUGUACUAGCCGCUGCCUCCUCAGAAGAUGACGAGUUUGAGACUGUCAGAGUUGCGGUUCGGCUUCGCCCUUUGAAUCCCUUGGAAGUGCUGGCUUCCAAACGCAAUCUCCCUUUAAUAUCGUCCACACCCAAAUCCAAUGAUGAUGCAUACGAUAGCUUCAAAGCGUGGAAUGUAGAGACAAUGGAUGGAAGAGACGUCCUGGUACAAAAGGGAUCUGGCCGAAAAGCUGAAGGGAAAAACAUGUUCUCCUUUGAUGGAGUCUUUCAGGAGGAUCACUCCACUUCCUAUGUAUACGACAACUUUGCCAGACCCAUUGUAAGAGCGGUUUUGACGGGCAAACACGGGACAAUCUUCACAUAUGGAACAUCGGGAAGUGGAAAGACACACUCCAUGCAAGGAAAUGGAAAGAAUGGCAGCUUGCAUCAAGAUGGGAUCAUACAGUUGGCGGUCAGAGAUCUAUUCAAUCACAUCAAGAAGGAUUCGGGAAAACGAGAAUACGUCAUGAGAAUAUCAUUCUUUGAAAUAUACAAUGAACAAGUCAGAGACCUCCUGUCCGCAAACCACCAUCACCAUAGAUCCCCUUCCAAAAGCUACAUGGCACGCCAGUCUCCCUCCAAAACUACCAAAUCAUCUCCUGCUGUCAAGGGCAGUCGAUUCACUUUUGAAGGGGUCAGUAGUGGCAGUCAUAGUGUCAACAACAACGCCAACAACAACACCAACACACCACAAACGACCAAAACCACGGCUGGCAUGGCUCCGGACUCGGAGAAAAAACAAGUAUCUUCCGUCGAUGAUGUGCUCAAGUUACUCAACGCUGGAAAUCUGAACCGUGCCGUUGCCACAACAAUACUCAAUGAUGCGUCGUCACGGAGCCAUGCCAUCUUUCGACUAACCAUUGAGAGUCGCGAACGAAAGAGGCCAGAUCAUCGUUAUCACAAGACAUCCGAGUCGGAUCAUAUCGUUCGCAUCUCGGCUUUGAACUUUGUAGACCUCGCUGGAAGCGAAAACACAACCAAAGCAGCAACUGUGGGAUCUAGAAGGAGAGAAAGUGGGAAAAUCAAUCAAAGUUUGCUUUCUUUGUCACAAGUCAUUCAUGCUCUAAGCCUCCCUUCAAAGAAAAGACCCAAAUUCAUCAACUAUCGCAACUCAAAACUCACUCGCAUUCUGCAGCCACAUCUUUCUGGGAACGCAGUUUUGGCCGUCCUCUGUUGCGCGACACCUGCAAGGGCCAACUUGGAAGAGACAAGGGGGACACUAAAGUUUGGUGCCAAUGCCAAGCGGAUUCAAAUGAAACCAGUUGUGAAUGAAAUCGUGGAUGACAAGGCCCUAAUCAAAAAGCUACAAAAGGAUCUAAAAGAAGCUCAAGAAGCUAUCAAAACAAUGGAGCAGCAGCAGAAGGAGCCUCAUUCGGAACUGGAGGCGUCAAAUGUUGCGUUAUCUGUGGAACGAGCCAUUUCUCCAACCUCUCAAGGGGAAAGUCCCUUGCCAUCGUCGACCUUUGAAAGCACCACCAGUACACCCAGCCCCAGGAGCAGUAGUCAUUCCGACCCUUUAACCAGCACCGACGAAAACGACAACAGCCUCUCGGAAGGAUGUGAACAGCGCACGGAAACACCCGAAAAGCGACAAAGCGCGACCAAUCUUUGUCGUGUAGAGCCGUCACCGCUGCCGUCGCCCACGGUCACUCCCGAACGAGUGGCCAGCCCCAACAAUCUGUCUUGCGACAAUGGAAAGCUCUACGAUAUCUCGCAGCUGGACGCGGUACUCUUGGAAAAUAGGUUUCGUUCGAGUGAUCAAGACUCAAAGGCAGAACGUUCUGUCCAACAAGAAGACAAUAGUACCCUUAGCGAUCUAUCCUCCAGGCGCCCGCCAACAAUUCGAGUUGUGCAAGAUAGUCCUCCUUCAGAGGUGACCAUCAUCCGUUCACCUCUAUCAGAUAUUGGUGAGGAUGUUGACAUCAACGUCCGCCUGAAUGAUGCCGAAGAACGAGCCAGGUUUUUAGAGGAAAAGUUGGAGGCUGCCGAUCGCCUCGUUGAGUUGAUGACUCGAGAUUUACGCAAUGCGAGAUUGUGCAUUCAUGAGCUCGUCUUCCGCAAUGUGAGGCUGGAGAAUCAGUUGGUGGCCAACAACACCUCCACGACAACAGUACCCAGCACAGUCGAUGUGACGGAAGGUCGAGAAGAACCUACCAUGAUGACAUCAGAGAGAAUUGGGAUUUGAUCACAUAGAUUACUUUCGAGAUACAUGAAUGUACCAGACAUAGUUGAUCCACUAGCUAGCACUUUUAAGCUAAUUGUAGUUCUAAUUGCAAGGAGUGGGGCGCAAACGUUGUAGAACAGUACCAGUAUGC